UGAUGAAGAGCAGCAGAGAGAUGUUUCAGAAGAUCACAGUGUUGUUCCUGAGGAGGAUGAAGCAGGAGAAGCUGGCUGACUGUCUGCAGAGAAAACUUCCUGCUGGAGUUUGUGGACGUGAACUUAAAUGUGGUCUGAAGAAGAAGUUCCAGAGAGUGUUUGAGGGCAUCACUAAAGCAGGACAGCAGACCCUCCUGAAUGAGAUCUACACAGAGCUGUACAUCACAGAGGGAGGGACUGCAGAGGUCAAUGAUGAACAUGAGGUCAGACAGAUUGAAGCAGCAUCCAGGAAAGCAGACAGAGCAGAAACAACCAUCAGAGCAGAAGACAUCCUGAAAGGCUCACCUGGAAGAGAUGGACCAAUCAGAACAGUGAUGACAAAGGGAGUGGCUGGCAUCGGGAAAACAGUGUUAACACAGAAGUUGACUCUGGACUGGGCUGAAGACAAAAGCAACCAGGACAUCCACUUCAUGUUUCCAUUGACUUUCAGAGAGCUGAAUGUGCUGAAAGAGAGAAAGUUCAGCUUGAUGGAACUUGUUCAUCACUUCUUCAGUGAAACCAAAGCAGCAGGAAUCUGCAGCUUUGAAGACUUCCAGGUUGUGUUGAUCUUUGAUGGUCUGGAUGAGUGUCGCCUUCCUCUGGACUUUGACAACAAUGAGCUCCUGACUGAUGUUAGAGAGUCCACCAACAAUCUCUGACCUGAUGACUUCAGUGCACGAGUUGGUGCAUGAGGAAGAAUAAGGUCAGAGAUGUAUGAGGGAGCUUGAUUAUGGAGAGCUCUAAAAGUAAGGACCAAAAUUGUAAAAUUAAUUCUAAAAUGAAUGGGUAACCAGUGGAGGGAUGACAAGACUGGGGUGAUGUGCGCUCUGUUGUGAGUGUGAGUUAAAAGCCGAGCAGCAGCAUUCUGUACAGAUUGAAGACACCCAAGUUCCUUUUUAUUUAAACAGGUAAAAAGGCUGUUGCAAAAAUCCAACCUAGAAGAAAUAAAAAGAAAUUCAGAAAAUCAUUGCAGUCAGUCUGAGAGAAAACAGGGAUCCGAAGGGCAGUUGGGGACACUAUGGAGCUAAUGGUGUCAAACAAAAUUUUGGGGUUUUUCUUAUUCUGAGAUACUAGCUGAGAAAAGAAUUGCGUUCUGGCAUUUCUCAGCAUUUCGUUUAAGGAUGCCCUUAAUUCCUUAAGAUGCAACCUGUGAACCUCAAGUUUAGUUAACUUCCAUAGACGUUUUGUCUUCUGACAGAUUCUCUGAAAACUCUUGAUGGAUUCAUCAAUCCAGGCACAAGGUUUUUUUUUGGAGAGAUAUGACUUGACUUCACAGGUGCCACUUUGUCUAGAAUGUCCAAACAGUGACUACUGAAAGCACCAAUUAAGACAUCUGCAUCACUAUGACCCCCCAGCGAGCAUGGGUCAAACAAUGCAGAGAACCUCUCAACAGCAUCCUCAUUUAUAAACUGCCUUUCAGCCCUCAAAUUCUUAGGUAGACCAUCCAGAGGAAAGGAAAGGUCAAAGAAAACACAGCUGUGAUCACUAACAAGCACAUCCUCAACAUCAACAUUUCCAAUGUUUAAUCCAAGGGAAAAAACAAGGUCCAAGAUGUGUCGCUUUAUAUGAGUAGGUUCAGAGACAUGCUGAGUAAAGUUAAAAGAGUCAGUGAUGGACAGGAGUUCAGCAGCUAUGUUACAUGAGACAUCAUCGAUGUGAAGGUUGAAAUCCCCUUUUAUUUAAACCUUCUCCAGCCUAAUGAUCGAUGAUAAAAAGUCUGUAAAAUCAGCAAGGAAACCACCUGCUGGACCAGGAGGGUGGUAGAUUAAUACACAAUAAAACACAUCGGACACGCUGAUCUUUAUCAUCUACCUUUAGUUUCACCAGAUACAGUACAACAAUGGCUACAUGCACUGAGUAGUGACUGAGAAAAUGUAUUCUUCUUUGGGGGGAAAUGAGCCUGUUUAGGUGGUUCAGGCAUCUCAUUGGGCUCUCCAUAUACAGGUCACAUCCACUGGGAGAAAGACCUUGGGGCAAAGCUGGAAGGAGUACAGCGUAUAUAUCCCAUCUGGCCUGUGAAUGCCUCAGGAUUCAUUAGGAGCAGCUGGACAAAUUAGGCAGAUGUACAUCUGUUAUGGUGGAUUCAGCUUUGUUUGCUGCCACUGUGAGCACAAAAAAUGGUAUGGAUGCACAACCUGGUAAUAUUUUGAUUACAGACCUCUCACAUGCAAGGGAGUUUGAGUAAAAGACUAACUAUUUCUGUUACUACUGACAUUAAGUGGGGAAAUAAACAGCUGUUUGAGCAAAACAACUGUUUUCAGCCAAUGAACUUGUUACAGGGGGAGUUGCAGAACUCAGGCGCAGACA